AUGUUGCAUUUAUUUGCUUGAGAAAACUGGUUUCCACACCCAUACUGAAAUUGUGCUUAACCUACCUGCGGAGACCAACCUCUGUUAGCAACUAAGCAUGAAAAAGCAUUCAAGUUAGCCCCUGGAUAUCCGAUAACUGUGUUGCAUUAAACAAUUGUGAAGAUGGAAUCCUUGUCACUGUUGUCUUCGUUGAAAGGGGAAUUCAAACCUGAGGACUAUAUUCUGCCACACUACAAAGAAUCAUAUCGCUUAGCUAUCGAUGCUUUAGUGGCUGGAGGUCGGGAAAGUUAUCAGGAAUUUCUCACAAAUGAAAGGCUUGCCGAUUUUCUGUCAGAGGAAGAGCUGGCAUUUAUCACAGAGAAUGCUGAGAAGCCUCCACAGGUAAAUCAAUCUAGUGGCUGUGAGGACAUACAUGAUGACUCAUCCUCCACUGGAAUGUACUGGCCUGUUGAGUCUGACGUGGAAACCCCAGAACUGGACCUUGGCUGGCCAGGUUUUCUGCCUGAGCUAUCAAACAAGACCAAUGUAGAUCUGUUUUUCCAGCCACCUCGUCAGAAUUGCCCUACGAUAAAAGAAGUGAUAAGAAAAUCAAUACAGGAUGCAAGAAAGGUCAUUGCGAUUGUGAUGGAUGUAUUCACAGACGUGGACAUAUUCAAGGAAGUCGUAGACGCUUCAAUCCGAGGAGUUCCGGUUUAUCUCCUCCUUGAUGAAUUGCAGUUUCAUAGAUUUAUUUGUAUGGCUGAGAAACAAGGAGUUGAAGUUCAGAGACUCAGGAACAUGAGGGUGCGGACAAUAAAAGGACAAGAAUAUCUCUGCAGAGCUGGAGCAAAGUUUCAUGGUGUUCUGAAACAGAAAUUUCUGAUUGUUGAUUGUCACACAGUAGUAUAUGGAUCAUACAGCUUUAUGUGGUCCUUUGAGAAGAUCAAUCUCAGUAUGGUACAAGUUAUCACAGGCCAACUUGUAGAAUGUUACGAUGAAGAAUUUAGGACACUGUUUGCCCGCUCCACUAUUCCAAAUAUAUUCACUCCUGAUAACGUUGCACUGGACAUUAAGCAAGAAAGAUGGCAGAAUGGCACAAACACAGUUUGUUCCUAUUUUUCGCAUAGUCAGCCAUUUGAGAGAAGAGACAAAUUAAGGCAUACUCUUGAUACAGUGUAUAUGAAGGCUUGUGGAAGACAGCUCAAUUUAUCCAACACUAUGGGGAAUAUGGAUAACGAUGACACAUAUCAACAAAGCACAUUUGGCUAUAGACCAGGCCCUACUGGACUGAAUAUACAAAAUAGAAUCCAGCAGCUUCAGUCAACUGAGACAAGUAACUAUAUGAAAAGACAUAGCUAUGCUGGACAGAAACAAGAAACUCCAUCAUAUGUUCAAAACAUGUCAUCAAACUUUGGAUCAAGUAAUUGGAAUGUAGCAGCAGAAAAUUAUGGUUAUGGAGUUCCAGGGAGAACUUAUUUUAUGUCAAAGUACAAUGCAUUUCAAGGUGGUUGUGGCAAACAGUUCCAGAAGGGCAGAUUAACUCAACCUUACCUUAGUUCUGAUAUGCGAAAAUCAUUUCAUGGAACAGACAAUCAUGUCCGUACUCUGCACCAAAAUAUGCCAAGCUUUGAACAUACCACAAAGUCAUUCUUACGAACCUGGCGGAUAGAAUCUUACCUCAACAACACUGAAUUUCCACUUGAAGAUUCUGGGGAUUAUGUAGAUUAUCCUGCAGUGCAUUAUGAUGUCUUAGAAGAAAAAGAAACCAAACAAAACCAAAUGUACCCAAUGCAUUCUCGUAUUCGUUCAUCUCUUGUUUUCAAGUCAACCAUACCAGAGCAGCCAGAAUCAAACAGUUUUACAACCAUCUCAUCUACUUCUACAAAGGUCGGAUCUCAGCAUAACCAGGCCAAUUCUUCAGUCAAUAUGUUUUAUCCCGCUGUUUAUAGAAACCCAUUUAUGCAAACAGAAAAUAGAAUGAGAGAGGAUGACUUCAUGCAAAAAAAGCGCAAUAUACAGAUAUAUGAUGACCAGAAGACAAAUGUGAAUUAUGUCGCCAAUAAGGAAUUGUUUACCCCUAUGUAUGCCACUCUUGGUAGAACGUCAACCAAGAAUACAGAUAUUGUACAAGUUGAGGGCUAUGCUUAUAAAAGAUACAGUAUUAAUGAGCCAAAGCCAAGUCAGGAUUACAGUGCUAAUAAAGACAGUUCCAGUUACAUGUAUUGUACUCUUGGAAGGAGACAGACAGACAAGUAUGUGACCAGUCAGGGUGACAACUAUACCCAAAACAGGCAUGCAGUUCAAAAUCUAGAUGGCCAGAGGUCAACUUCAGAGCACAGUAUUAAAAAAGAAGUAGAGAAUAAGACGCUGUCAACCUCUAAUUGGCAACCUCCUCCUUCAAGAACGGUGUCUGUCACCUCUCUUGCAAAUGCUAGGCAACAAGAGCAAAACCCAAGAAAAGCAGUCAAAGAAAGUGAAGGUUCACCACACUUCUUCAAAAGAAGCACCAAAAAGAUUAAAUCUUUACUUAACUUGACAGACAAGUCACCUAAAAGCAAAAGUGGUUCAAACUACAAAAUAUGUGAUAGUUCAGACACUUUAGUUUCUGAUGACGAGGACCAGAAAUAUAAAAAAAACAAAGACAAAAACAAGCUUUCCACCAGUACAGCAAAUUCAGUCAAAUCUAUAGAUAGUCUUGGACAUUGCAAAAUAAAUCAAAAGCUUCAGCUGAAGGACAGUCAUUUCUUGGAAAAUGUUGGAGAUUCAUCUGCGCCACGAUUCAGCACAGAACAGCUCAAGUAUGAGACAGAUAAAGAAGAGAAAACCAAUCCCAUCGUAUCUGCAGCAACUUCCUCCACUGUGGUACAUCAUCAACCAGAGACAAGCAAAAUCCACCAUGAGAACUCCAGUUCAGUAUCACAAGCGCUCCAGAGAAAUCGUUUGAGUGAGAAACGGGUUUAUAGCCGUUUUGAGCCUUUCUGCACAUUUGAAAAACAAAGCAGUAAACCUACUAAUUCAGGAGAACAGGGUGUUACCACUGGAGCCAUUUACACUACCGAGAAGAACAAAAGCAUGUUCAGAGAUCAUGGAAGAACAAAUUCAACAUAUGCACUUCAUACCUCUACACGAUAUCCGACAUAUUCACACAAUGACAAUAAAAUUGGCAGGUUUAUGCAGAGAUUCGUUGGGAAUUUAAUUCACAAACACAAGUAAAAGGAUUUAUACCUCGGACUCAUGCUGCCAAUGCUGAAAUCUUGCCAAUGCCAGCUAUCAUUAUUCAUAAUAUUGUCUGCCAGUAAAAAAAUGAAAAAAACGAAAAAGGUCAAUGGAGUUAGCUUUUAUGUAUUUUUUUUCUUGGUGGAUGACUUGGGGAAGAACUUGCCAGUACCUGAAUUACAAUUUUUAUAUUACCUCAUGUGUACUGUAAUUUAGAGUAUUCCUUAUAAAUAUGGCAGUUUCCAACAGGAAAUAUAGAAUGUGCACAGUGGGAUGUAAAUGACAUUAAUCUGUAUAUACAAUGCAUUGAGAAUUAAAAGUUGCCAAAAUAACCUAAUUCUAAUUUUCUUGUGGGCUAUGGUAUAGAACUAUCAGAAAAAUAGUGUAGUGAUGUUAGAUAAUUUACUAGAACAACAGCAGAAAGUGUGAAUUCAAGCUUUAAAUGCAUAAUGGUCCAUUCGCCAUAUAUUAAUACUGUAUUCUUUACUAUACUUUCCAGGUUGACAGUUUUGUUUUUAUAAUUAAAAUCCUGUGAGGAAAAGCACAAUGUUAUUAUAGCUUCGAAUAGUAUCAACAAUCAGGCAGGGGCAAAUUUAACAUUGUACUUGAAAUGCACAAUUUUACUUAAGAAUGUAAUCCUAUGAAAGACUAUUAGUUAAUGUACUCUUCUGCCUUAAAGGCUGUUUUAAAUGUAUAUUUAUUUCUCUCCCACAAUGAAUGCAAUUUAUUUGAUAAAAUAUAUGAAGGUGCAGGUUAUACGUUACAAUUCACAUGGUAUAAAUUAGGAUACCAUUUGAUCUUAAAGGUGACGUGGGUCUAUUUUAACGAUAAGAACACCUUUGUAUGUUAAUACCAUCCUCUGCCUAAAACUUCUAGCCCUGCUCUGUCAAAUACUUGUGUUACUUGGUAAUGUUAAUAAGGGAGUGAAUACAACAGCCCUGAGGUUAGGUGCCAGUUGGAUCCGCUGCUAUUUAAAUAAUUAAAUGUGAAAAGCACUGCCCUAGGGCACCACCAAGAAACAAACCGCUACUUAAUUAAAAAAUACAAAUAUA